GGCUGACUCCUCACCAGUAGCCGCAUAUACUCCGAGGAGCGGGGCGUGGACUCAGACAAACUAUUCUCUGCUCUUAAAUUUGAGGAGACGACCGACUUUCGGAAAAAUAAAAGAAACGAUCGAUCGAUUUGCAGCUGGCUACAUGUUCCUGAUCUCAACAGAGAUUGAAAGAGCAAGCAGACAAGCGAGGCGACCCGCAGCAUAACCAUGGAUGACAUCUUCACACAGUGUCGAGAAGGGAACUCUGUUGCUGUUCGUCUGUGGUUGGACAACACAGAGAAUGACCUCAACUUGGGUGAUGAUCAUGGCUUCAGUCCCCUCCACUGGGCGUGCAGGGAAGGGAGGAGCGGAGUUGUUGACAUGCUCAUCAUGAGAGGCGCUCGUAUUAAUGUGAUGAACCGAGGAGACGAUACCCCGUUACACCUCGCUUCCAGUCAUGGACAUAAAGAUAUUGUGGCAAAGCUGAUUCAGUGCAAAGCCGACCCCAAUACAGUCAACGAGCAUGGGAACACGCCACUCCACUACGCCUGCUUCUGGGGCAAAGACGAGGUGGCUGAGGACCUGGUGAACAUUGGUGCCCAGGUGUGUGUGUGUAACAGGUAUGGACAGACACCAAUGGACAAGGCCAAGCCUCACCUAAAACAGCUGCUUCAAGAAAAGGGAGAGAAAAUGGGCCAGAAUAUGUCCAAAGUCCCCUAUAAAGAAAAGUUCUGGAAGGGCACCAUGCGAACACGACCUCGUAAUGGGACUCUCAACAAGCAGGCUGGUAUUGAUUAUAAGCAGCUUUCGCUCCUGGCAAAAAUCAAUGAAAACCAGUCCGGUGAGUUAUGGCAGGGUCGGUGGCAAGGGGAUGAGAUUAUAGUGAAGGUGCUACAGGUGAGAGACUGGACCACCAGGAAGAGCAGAGACUUCAAUGAGGAGCAUCCAAAACUCAGAAUUUUUUCCCAUCCAAACAUCCUGCCUGUUCUUGGGGCCUGUCAGGCUCCUCCCUCCCCUCACCCCAUCGUCAUCACCCACUACAUGCCAUACGGAUCCCUCUUCAACAUACUGCACCAGGGCACAACUUUGGUGGUGGACCAAAACCAAGCAGUGAAGUUUGCAUUGGACAUUGCCAGUGGCAUGGCUUUCCUCCACACCUUGGAACCAAUGGUUUCACGGCUUUACCUCAACAGUAAGCAUGUCAUGAUCGAUGAGGACAUGACAGCCAGGAUAAGCAUGUCAGAUGCUAAGUUCUCCUUCCAGUGUCCUGGUCGUAUGUACUCUCCGGCAUGGAUGGCUCCUGAAGCCCUGCAGAAGAGGCCUGAAGAUAUUAACAGAAGGUCGGCUGACAUGUGGAGCUUUGCGGUGUUACUGUGGGAGCUGGUUACCAGAGAGGUCCCCUUUGCUGACCUCUCACAGAUGGAGAUAGGCAUGAAGGUUGCUCUUGAAGGUCUUCGGCCAACCAUUCCCCCAGGGAUUUCUCCUCAUAUUUGUAAGCUGAUGAGGCUCUGCAUGAACGAAGACCCGGCAAAGAGACCCAAGUUUGACAUGAUCGUCCCCAUCCUGGACAAGAUGCAAGACAAGUGAACGCCUUCCCUGCAACCUGUACACUGCUAUUACCAUGCUUUAUCCUCCAACCACUCUAUCUUCACUUCAAUCAUGUAUCUGCUAAGCUACUGUAAAUAAUGUCAGAGACCACUUACGCUACACAACUCAAACAAUAACUAUAUUUUUGCUUUACCUGUAUAAUUUAAAUCUGAGGUAUAAAUGUUAUUUUGCCUAUGUGCUUUUUUAUUAUGACGCGUUCACUGAAAUAUUGGUGAUGAGUCAGACUGAAACAGAUCCAAAGAAAUGUGUAAAGACAGAAUGCUUUUAUACACAUUAACCAAUACCAAAAACAAUAAAUGUUUUAUAUUUAUGACAAA